UAAUGAAAUCAUAAUGCUACUUACAUGGUUACCCUCUAGAAUGUUAGAACUAGUUGCAAGAUCUAUUCAAUAAGAUACGUGAAGGAGAAGAGUUUAUAACACUCGAGAGAAUCUUUAAGUUAUUGCGAGUAUUAGCACCUUCAAUAUAUUAUAUAUUAGACAUGGCAAUAUGAUGUUCCAUUCUCCAAUCUAUGUAAAUUGCUUAGGAAGGCUAAUUAAGCGUGUCAUCAGGAUGCUAAGAAUCAUUUAAAUGAGUAGGCAUUCCAUCAAUUACUUCAUAACCCAGACAUACAGAUGACUUACAAACCAAAGAAGGAUGAAACUGUAAAUACUCCUCCAACACUAGAUGGAUUGUUUAAAAGAAUAGGAGAAUAGAUCGAGAGGAAAAGAUUGUAGGAGAAAAUGAAUGACGAGAACAUCACCAAUAAGGAGAAGUUUAAUUUUAUGUUGCAAUUGCUGCAAGUAGGUUCCCCUAGAAAUGAUAGAGAAAGUUCCGUUGUAAUUGAAAAGGUGAAGAGCGUUAGGAAGUUUAAAGAUGAGGAAUUCAAACUAUUGAUUAAGCCCAAGAAACCAAAGAGAAAGGGGGAGAGUAUGUAGGAACCUCCUUAGAUAAUUGCAGAGCCCAAGUUUACCAAACUACCGAAUGCUACUUUACAUUUUCCAACUAGUAGAAUUAGGAAAUUACAUGAUCACAUGAUGUAGUAGAUGGAUGAAAUUAGGAUGGAUCCAAAUGUGCAGAAAUUGAGCAAUAUAAUUCAUAAAUCAUAGGGGAACCUGUCAAUCAGGUUACCAUAAAUUUAAUAUAUAUGA